AUGGCGACCCCUAGCGGUGCCGAGAGGGUGCCGUACUUCCCGAAAGCUAAUGCGCUGAUCUUGUUGUCGAAGCAUGGACCUUUGCCGCUUCGGCCAAAAACCGUUGGGCCUAUCUACGAUCCACAAAAUUUCGAUCGCCCGAUUGAGUCGUGGUCUGAAGAAACGGAAGCCUCUUGCUACCCACUGAAAGAGGAACACUUUGCACCCUCAGAAAUUCCACCCAGGCCUGUGUCUCACUCCAACAAAUAUCUUCGGCCAUAUCUAGCCAAGAACGAAAGACUCAGAUUAUCGCUGCUCUGGUACCACACACGCGAUACCCUGAAUGAUAGCGAGUUUCUAUCUGGGCUCCAAGAGAAGGCAUGUUUUGCACAAGAAUCUACGGGCUGGGAAUUUGCUGUCAUCGGAAUCCAAGAUCUCAAUUACUAUAUCCGCUUGGCUACAGUUGGGCUUCAACUUGGGAUUCUUCCACGUGGUGAAACUAUAUGCGCGCAUACCGUCACUCAGGCUCCCAGUAGUGUGUUUCUCUUGCCGGACCUUGUGGAAGACUGGAGAUUUCAAAAUUCACCGUAUCUCGAACAUGGUGGGCUUCGGGGCUACGCUGGAGUGCCGCUUCGCUUGCAACACGAAUCGGGCGAGUGUGUGAGUCUUGGCUCACUUUGUGUAGCAUCUAGUAAGGGUGAAGAGCCUUUGACGAAAUCGCAACAAAUGACACUUGUUCGCCUGGCUGACUGGAUUGUUUCCGACAUCGUCAAAUGUGCAAGUGCAGUUCGACAACGAGAGCGGCAGCGGAUGAAUGACCUCAUCGCCAUGAUUCAAGAUGAAUCAGAUGAUCUCGUCCCUGAAAAGCCUGUGCUCAAAAUCCUAAGGAUCAUGUACCCUGAUGCCGAUAUAAGCCUGCAGUCUUCCAAGACCACCCACAUUGAAAUAGGAGGACGGGACCCGAUACCAGUGUCUGAAAUCAAAAAUGGCCUAUGGGAAGACACGGAAUACAUUGACGACUUCAUUGCAAAUUCAAACAACCAAGAGUUUCCAUCCACCCGAGUAGUCCGUGCCUCUACUGCUCAAUGCGAGAAUAUAUCGGGUCCAUCUUUUCUUGUCGUGGGGUCCAAAAGCUUUCAGCUGGUAUUCGACGAUAUCGAUUCUUGGUUUAUCCAGUCUUGUGCGGAUAUUAUAUCCAAGAUGUGGCACAAGCACAUCUUGGCAGAAGUUGUGGAAACAAAAGAAAAAUUCCUCCGGGGAUUCUCCCACCAGCUACGAACUCCUCUUCAUGGGAUCAUUGGUUCCGUCGAAUUGCUGGCUGAAGAGUUAGGCUUAAAUGCCUCGAACUCAAGUACAUAUCCAUCCUCAAGUUUACUGGGAAUGAACUCAGGACUCAACCCUCGAGGGCCCUUUGCUCACCUCGACAUCAUCAAAACUGCCGGUCAAGACUUAGUCUCCAUAGUAAACAGCAUGAUCACCCUAAACAGAUGGGCUGACAUUGCGAUGAGAGACCGGCACCACUCCACACAUACAAUACUUGAACUCGAAAGUGAUCUAGCAAAUCAAAUACUCAAGCUUUUCUCUGCAGACCUACGCUAUACCGCCUCAAUAUUUUUCAACCAUGAUCUACCCUCAAAUUGCGACACGAUUCAAAUCGAUCUUGAGUUACUUCGAGAUAGUUUAAUGCCGCUCAUUAUCAACGCCAUUCAAAACACACCGGGAGGAAUCGUAACGGUAACUAUAUCGAUACUCCUGGAAUACAAACAACUUGUCAUCGAUGUUGUCGACACUGGCUGUGGCAUUCACCCUGAGCAUCAAGAGCGCAUAUUCGAGCCAUAUGAGAAAGUUAGUGCGCACUCGACAGGCGCUGGGUUGGGCCUGACCCUAUCAUCCAAAUUCGCAAGACUUCUUCAUGGGUCUGUCAACUUAGUCUAUUCUGAUCUCAACAAUGGUUCGCAUUUCAGAGCCACCUUCCGCGAAGUUGAACACUUUCUCUCAACUCUCUCGUCACAACCACUGGCAGUAAACCUCCAUAAUUUACCGCCAAAAUUCUACAAUAUGACAUUCGACUGGGACAAUCCAUCUUUGUCUAACAUUUUUUCUGAAUAUCUGACCCACAACAACUUUAUCUGCUCGAACAAUAUGGAAGAUUGCUUCGCGAUUCUCGAUUUUGUGCCUGAUGUCGAAAAACACCGCGUUUCUUUGUCGCAAUUUCCCACAAAUCAGGUCAUCAUCUGUCUUGUCCCAGCCUCAGAGAAUCAUACAUGCUCCGACAGCACUCUCAAUAACGUGGUUUACGUCAAAGGUCCCUUCUUAACUUCAACAAUGACUUCGGCACUUGAAGAAGCGGAUAGACUUCUUCCAUCUCUCAAAUCCCCUCAAGAGAGUCUUGUGCAGACUUUUAGGCACUCGCUUAUACUAGAUCAAAUAAACAAAGAUCCGAAUUUAGAUCAAGGAACAGUAUCUACGACUAGUUCACCUUCUCCGAAAGGAUGGUCGUCUCAGCCACCCACAAACAACUCCGUCGCUUCAAUCUCAGAUGCCUCAUUAUCAUCCAUGCACCGAGCUGAGCGAAGUGAUUCUAUAGUCUCGAAACCCAUAACCCAACCCUCAUCGCCUUUGACAGCCCCACAUCAGCCAACAGCACUACUCGUCGAUGACAACGCGAUCAACCUCCGUAUUCUGCAAAUGUACUGCAAGAAACGAGGGCUACCAUACUACUGUGCAACUGAUGGACUCCAAGCCGUGAACACAUUUUCCCAGCAUCAGUCUUCACCUGUCGCCGUCGGACGAGCCGCUAUCGAACUGAUCAUCAUGGACCUCCAAAUGCCAGUGUGUGGUGGCAUUGAGGCUACACAGCAGAUCCGAUUGCUCGAAAAACAGAAUAAUUGGAGGGAAUGUGUUUUAUUCAUUGUCACAGGUCAAGAUAGCCCGGCAGACAGAAUAGCUGCUGAAGCCGUUGGCGCUGAUGAAUACUUUGUCAAGCCUGUUAGCAUCAAGCUCUUGGAUCGUAGUAUCAAGAAAUAUUUUGAUAGUUUUGAGGUCCGCUAG